AUGGCCGCUUUAUUGACCGAUGGUGAAUGGAAUGAUGACCCUGUAGAGUUAGAUGCCGAAACAUUAAACGCUGCCGCGCUUCUAGCUGCUGAAGACGACUGGGUUUUUGAAGAUCCUGUGCCUCAAUGGGGUGAUGUUGAUGUUAGUGAUGUCCCGGAGACAAUCGUUUCUAUUCUUGAGUAUAUAUUAUUUGUUGUUUUGAACGGUGUUAAGGAUACGGAUCGCGUGCGUUUACGGAUUGAUUCUCGGCAUUUUAAUCGCCCUUUGUACACUUCGCUGACGCUUCGUUCGGAGCUCAGCGUUAAACGCUGGAUGACGGAUAUACAGCGCGUGCUGAAUAGCCACGAAGAGUUUGUUAUUGAUGACUCCUUCCAAAUCACCGCUCAACAUACGCAGCUGCCCUCCGGUCGUUGUGUGAAAGAUGUUCCCGUCCUUUUGAAGCGCCGCCUCAUGAAGAUGCAGUCCGUGGUUAUUGUUAAUGGCGAUGAUGACCUUUGCAUGGCCCGAGCACUGGUGAUGGGAAAAGCUUUGGCCGACAAGAAUUCCAAACGUUUUCGAAGCCUGCGGAAGGGUAAGCGAGAAAUCACCAAGCUAGCUAAGCUUUUGAUUUUGCGAGCGGGUUUACCGGAGCGGUCAUUCGGUCUAAGCGACAUUCCAGCAUUUGAGAAAGUUCUCAAGGGUUACCGUAUUAUUGUUGUCAGCAUUGAUCAUGCGAACGCUAUCGUGCAUAAAGGUCAAAAGCACAAAAAGCAUAUCAUUUUACUUCAUCAUGACGGUCAUUUUGAUCUUCUGAAAUCUCUUCCCGCGUUUUUCAAACGCAGUUAUUGGUGCUUUGACUGUAUGAAAGGAUACAGUAGUCGCGUCAAACACCGUUGUAAAGGAAAGUGUGCCCUGUGUUUGCGAGUUGACUGCCCUGAAGAUACGGCUAACUUUAUCACGUGUUUGGAUUGCAACCGACAGUUUCCGGGGCAGAACUGCUUCGAUCACCACAAGCUCGGCAGUGGCAAAGGUCGCCAUAAGAAACGGAUAGCACUGUGUGAUACCGUAAAGGUGUGUGUCCAGUGUCGUUGCAUAUAUUCCAACGCUCAGCGCAAACCGGACAAUCCGCAUCGCUGUGGUGAAACCAAAUGCAAAGUGUGUAGCAUUUUUGAUUUGCCAUCUGAGCAUCGUUGUUACAUGCGUCCGAAACCCUUCACAUCCGAUCGAAAAGCGCGCUGCAGUUCUGCCCAGUUUCUUUAUUUUGAUUUUGAGACGUACGUAUCAGCAUCCGGUGAACUGGUGCCCAAUUUGGCGGUUGUCCAGGACAGUAAUGGGGAGGAGUGGACGUUUCCUGAUUCCACUACUCCUAUUGGAGGCGAUGUUACCAAUGACCUUUGCGAAUUCCUCUUCCAGGAAGACCACAAGGGAUUUUAUGUCAUCGCACAUAAUUUCAAAGGUUUUGAUGGUUAUUUCAUCCUCAACUGGCUUCUACGCAAUGGGAUUGUUCCCAAAGUGAUCAUGAACGGGGGCAAGCUUUUGAUGCUGGACGUGCCGGCACCCUACGACAUACACUUUCGUGAUAGCUAUAGCUAUAACCCGCAAAGCCUCUCAAAAUGGCCAGCUACGUUCGGUCUGGAAGACACGAGUAAAGGUACCUUUCCGCACAGGUUUAACCGCGAAGAGAACUGGAACAAGAUUGUUCCUUUCCCGUCAAAGGACGAGUACGGUUAUACCAGCAUGAAACAGAAAGACCGAAUUGCCUUUGAUCACUGGUACGAAGCUGAAGUAGUUGACAAGAACGGAUUGUUCGAUUUCCGCCGUGAGUUUGAAGGCUAUUGUCGUAAUGACGUCACGGUUCUUCGCAAGUGUUGCCAGCAGUUUUGUCAACUAUUCAUGGACAUUAGCGAUGGACUGAACCCUUUCGUCUCAGCUCUCACCAUCGCCGGUGUUUGCAGUAAUUACUGGCGGACGUUCUUACUUCAGCCAGAGCAGAUUGGCUUAAUUCCGAAUCAUGCAUACAACCGCAAUCGUCCCCAGUCCAGCAAGGCCUUACGAUGGUUGCAGUGGACAGAAGCCGAGAGCAUGUGCACAUUGCAGACCAAACUAUCCGGAGCAGAGUACAAGAUUGGUACAUACUUUGUUGAUGGAUAUUGCGCAGAAACCAAAACUGUUUACGAAUUUCAUGGUUGUUGGUUCCACGGCUGUCCUCAGUGCGUCGCUGCUGAUACAGUACAUCCGUACCGUGGAAUGAAGAUGUCGGACAUUUACAAGGAAACGCUGGAUAGAGAUCAGUACUUUAGAGAUUUGGGAUUUCAGGUGGUCGUUAUGUGGGAGCACGAAUACGAUAAAUUAGUCGCAGACGAGCCAGAAUUCAAUGAAUUUAUCCGAAUGGUCAAGAUUCGGGCCGGAAUUAACCCGCGCGACGCCUUCUACGGAGGACGGACGAACGCAACUCGCCUUCAUUAUAAAAUCAAUGGCAAUGAAAGAAUCUGUUAUUAUGACGUAUGCAGCGAGUAUCCGUUUGUCAAUAAAACCAAGCGCUACCCCACCAGCCAUCCUCGGAUCUCUAUUUGCCAGUACUACCGUACCGCAGCCAAGACAAAUUAA